UCACCCUACUACUUCGUACCAAUGAUCAAGAGCAUCUAAUAAUAUCUCAUGAAGCGACACCCACUUUUCCGGAAUUGCAUCUAAUAAUUUUCUCGUGAAACAAAACACUUUUCCGGAAUUGCUGAUUUCCAAAUUGUUACGACUCUUUACUGUACCAUCUUGGAUAGAAAAAUGAUUGUCAGUCUCCAAUUGUCCCUGCCACUAUCAUGGAGAUAUCGCCACCAACAGCCACCACCGCCACAAGUUGCACCUAUAUUGACCACCCUUUGCUUUCUGAGCAAACAAGGCAAACGCCUCCUCUCCUCCCUCGCCACCACCAGCGCCGCCGGCGAUUCGUCAGCCGCCAAUCGCUUAAUUCGCAAAUUUGUACAAUCUUCAUCCAAAUUCGUAGCUCUCAACGCCCUCUCUCAUCUCCUCUCCCCUGACUCCACCCAUCCACAUCUCUCUCCUCUCGCUCAUCUAUUCUAUAUGGCAAUCACCGAAGCGUCUUGGUUCAGUUGGAACCCUAAGCUAGUGGCAGAACUAAUUGCUUUGCUUGAUAAGCAAGGACAGCUGGAUAAAUCACAGAUCUUAGUUUCUGAAACUGUUUCAAAGUUAGGGUUCCGGGAACGCGUACUCGCUCAAUUCUACUGCUAUUUGAUUGAUUCUCACUCCAAGCACAAAUCGAAACAAGGGUUUUUCGAUUCCUGCACGCGUCUGAAGCAGUUGCUCAGCAAUUCAUACUCUGUUUUUGUCAAGCUUCGGGCAUAUGAAUCAAUGGUUGGUGGCUUGUGUGUGAUGGAUCUACCUCGUGAAGCGGAGGGUUUGGUUGGAGAGAUGAGAGAUUUAGGGCUCAAACCAGGUGUGUUUGAGUUUAGGUCUUUAGUGCAUGCCUAUGGGAGAUUGGGAUUGUUUGAAGAUAUGAAGAGAAGUGUAGUUCAAAUGGAGAGUGAAGGGUUUGGAAUAGAUACAGUUUGUUCAAACAUGGUGCUUUCGUCGUUCGGAGCUUACACUGAGCUCUCGGAGAUGGUAUCAUGGCUUCGAAGAAUGAAGAAUUCGAGUGUCCCAUUUUCAGCUCGGACAUAUAAUUCAGUCUUGAAUUCGUCCCCAACGAUCAUGUCAAUGCUUCAAGAACCGAAAAGGGUUCCUCUUUCGGUUGCAGAGUUGACGGAGAAUUUGCACGGUGAUGACGCUCUGUUGGUUCAUGAGUUGAUUGGGUCAUCAGUUCUGGAGGAGGCAAUGGAGUGGGACUCUCUGGAAUCGAAGUUGGAUAUGCAUGGAAUGCACUUAGGUUGUGCCUAUUUGAUAAUGUUACAGUGGAAAGAAGAGCUGCACUCAAGGUUCCAUAUGAAGGACUCAGUAAUUCCAGCUGAGAUUACAGUGGUAUGCGGGUCAGGAAAGCAUAGCACUGUUAGGGGCGAGUCACCGGUGAAGAGUCUGGUUAAAGAGAUGAUGCUUCGGAUGAAAUGUCCGAUGAGAAUCGACAGGAAGAAUGUUGGAUGUUUUGUUGGCAAAGGGAGAGUGGUGAAAGAGUGGUUAUGUUGAACCCUUCUGCAGGGCCUUUCUGGAGUUGAGUGUUCAAAAGGAAGGAAAAUGGUUUGCAAGGGAGGAAGAGUUGGUUUACUUGAACAAAUCCCUACAUAUGAAAAUCAAAGUAGUCUAAAUUUUGAGAUAGGUUUUCAGCUGUUAGUCAGGUCACCUAAUACGAUGAUACUUGUUUAACUAUGAAGAACAGUUUUUAUUCAGAUAUUUCAGAUGCUGAGUUAUUUUUUAUGCA